UGGAGUGUUUGUGGGAGGUGGACGGAAGUGUUGUUACUUACGUCAAUGGUAAAUAAUGCUUAAGGUGUUGUGAAGUGUUGCGUUUUGUCAGUGUUUUUGUUCCGAAAAAUGAGAUCAAACUACGGGUGUGGCGCACCAAAGUUGAAACGUGUCGCGGAGAAGCGGGCACACCACAAUGCACUUGAGAGGAAACGCCGUGAUCACAUAAAAGACAGUUUCACAAGCCUGCGUGAGUCAGUUCCCGCAUUGCAAGGAGAGAAAGUGGCAAGUCGUGCGCUUAUCUUAAAGAAAGCUGCAGACUAUAUUCAGUUCAUGAGAAGAAAAAAUUCCGCCCAUCAACAAGAUAUUGAUGAUCUGAAGAGACAGAAUACACUCUUGGAGUCUCAGAUUCGAACAUUGGAGAAAGCCAAAGCAACUGGUAACUUUGCUGCAGAAACAAGUGAAGUUUCACUUGUUGGCAAACCAGAUGCCAUAGCAAACUUCCAGCAGGAGUCUGAGUCUGACACCUCUGAUUCUGAGACAUCCCACACAACACGUCGUCCUAAAAAACUCAAGGUUACUGGUUUGUAAAGGGUCUUACGAGAUACCAACAUGAAGCAUUUACUGAUGCUCCAAUUUGACAUGUAUAAGCAGACCGUCAGUUAGCUGGCUUCUGUUUCUUCAGGGUAGAGAUUUUAUUACAGGUGAAACUCUGACUGGUACAGAAUACAUGUGCAAGAACUGUGAGGUUGCUUACUGUGUUAUGCAAAUGAAAUUGUGGAAUGUAAAAGCUGAAACAUUUCCUGUCUCUGUACCUGAAACUUGUGCUUAGUUAUGUAAGAUAUAUCCUAUGAAAUGAAUCUGAAUACUGUAAAA